CCGGUCAGGAUUUGUCUAGCGCCCCGCUCCGUCACGGGGGUGUGUUGGGGGGAGUCCUCUUUCCGGCUGUCGAAAUGGUUAUCAAAGUGUUUGUUGCCACAUCUUCUGGGUCCAUAGCGAUUAGAAAAAAACAGCAAGAAGUAGUGGGCUUUCUGGAAGCUAAUAAAAUCGACUUUAAGGAGUUUGAUAUAGCCGGAGAUGAAGACAACAGGAAGUGGAUGAGAGAGAACGUCCCUGGGGAGAAAAAACCUCAAAACGGGAUCCCUUUGCCUCCCCAGAUCUUCAACGAAGAGCAGUAUUGUGGGGAUUUUGAUUCUUUCUUCUCUGCAAAAGAAGAGAAUAUUAUUUAUUCAUUCCUUGGUUUGGCUCCCCCUCCAGGCUCAAAGGCGACAAAGCCGCCCGAGGAAGAAGCGUCCCUGCCCAAUGGUGAGGUCGUGGGCGAGGCGCAGAGCACCGCAGAGGGAACAGAGAAGGCUGGAGAGAGUGGAGAAAAUGAGGCACCAAAGGAGGACAAGGACGAUGAGGGCGACCUCACCGAAGCCCAAGAGGAGCAGGCAGGAGAGGUAACAGAGGAGGGAGCAGAAGGGGACGCGGAGGGAGAGGAAGCUGAAAAAGGAGACGAAGAA